AUGGCGAAGGCCAUGGCCAGGCAGCAGGGCAAGGGCAUGGCAGCCACCAUGACCAUGAGGCCAGCUGUGGUCUCCAGUGCCAGUUGGGCAAGCACCAACCUCACCCCGGACGGAUUUAACACCAGCGAGCAGAGGUGGGGUGCCCCCGCCAUCGGCUUCGCUCACUACCUGCUUUCACACACGCACCUGAGCUUUGGAAUCAUGGCUGUGAUUUUGAAUGAAUUUGAAACCAGUUUGGACAGUACCGCACACAGUGAAGCACAAGACAAUGCCAGCUGGGAGCAGUACUCAGAAAGGAGCAGCUUUGUUCUGCAGUUCCUGAACUCCACCCUGAGCCUGCACCACCUCCAGCACCACCGGAAAAAAGUUGAGCUUCUGAGCAAAUGUUACUUUUACUUAGAUAUUGAGCCCAAACACGUGACCGUGACAGAACAGAACCAAGUGAUGCAUCGCACUAACAUCUUGCAACUAAUAGACCCCAGGCAAUUCCAGAGGAUGAAGAAGGUGGGAAAAAACCAGACUGAAAUCCAGCUGUCACUUCUAACUGAGCUCUUAGAACAACUGGAACGAGGACGGGAGGAGCUGAGCCAUUACGUAGAGACUUAUGACACUGUAACUUUUCUUUCCCGGUGGGACAUGAUUAUGCAGAGGCUGUCCAAGCUCUCCGAGUAUAUGGAAACUCUCACUUCCUUGCAAGUGCCGGGAAAGCUCCAUGUCAAGCACCAGAUGGUGUCACAAGCAGAUCUCAGAGGUACUACGCUUCCCAACAUUAGGCUUUCUCUCCGUACCAAGAUGCCACUGAUUUUUGAUCGAAAUGAAUCAUUCGCACACAAGGACUGGGCCACACUCAAGUGGUUUGCCGAAGAUCAAAAGUCACACCUUGAACAAUAUGAACUGCACGUGAGGCUACUGACAGGUGGGAGUCAGGCAGAAGUGGGAUAUGGUAGGAUUCAGGUAGUCAUCUCCAACACGUGUGUAGUCCGGGACUUGCAGCCUGGCAGUUCAUACACAUUCCUCAUCAGAAGAUCAAACACUCAGACUCUUGUUUUUGAAAGAUGGCACGACAGCAUUACAUUGACGACACAAACUGAUGCUGUUGGAGAAGCAGACAGAAGUGCUUGGACACCAAAAGGAUGACAUGGCACAGAAGAACAUUUUUCUCAUUUUAUCCAUUACAAAAAGACAAAUGAGAAAAAGUAAACCUUAUUUUAAAACACUAUGCGUAAAACUGGACUCAAUUUGUUUUCAACAAUUUUACAAGCACCUUCCCCAAAUAUUUCCAGGUUAACAGUAACCCAUUCCAAAUUUCUCACACAAAAUGCUAUCCUUGGGCAGCAUUCCAGACUCAGCACUCACUUCCCACUGCCAGAACCCACAGGCGGGAGCAGCUGGAAGCAGGCAGUCUUGCAGGACACCUCAGAUGCAAAGCACAGGGAUAGCACAGCAUCGCCAUCAUCCAGUGCUUUUCAUCCACCGCAACAUGCCCCGUGCCAGCUUCUUGCAAUGAUGUUGCAAGUUGCAGUUUUUUUACCACAAGUUAUGCCUCGCCCUGCCAUGUUCUCCCUCUAAAACACCUGAACUAAAUCCUAAGCUCUUCAAAUUUCUCACCCCAGCUUAUCUCCGUCUCUGAUUCCUCUCACCCUCUAUACCCUGUGCCUUACAGCUACCUAAGCAUGAUUUCAUCCUCACUCCCCUACAGUGCAGGAAAAGAUCACUCUGAUUAAAUAAAACAGAACAACAAACAACAACAACAAAACAAAAAAAGCCCAAGAACCCCCUAAAACCCUACA